AUGGAUUUUAUUCAAAUUUCAAUUCUAAGCAUAAUUGUUAUAUUAUAUGGUGGAAUAAUGCUCAGUAUAUUCAAUUAUUAAAUCAAAUUUAAAUUUUCAGUAAUAAGGAUGAACAACAAUCAAAAAUUUUAAAUUCUUCAUCUUUUUAGAUAAGUAUUCUUUUUAUAUUUUUUGAUAUUUACUUAAAACUCACAGAUAAUAUAAUUAGGAUUAUUACUUUUAAAAAGCAUCUUUUAGAUUAAAUCAAUUUAUCACUAUCGUGAUAUUUAUCGCAAAUCAAAUUUUAUAGUAUAGAUGGUAGUGGAGAUAUCAAUAUUCAUUUUUAUGUUUAGUUCACUUUUAUAUAUUUAAGAAUUUGAUUCAUUUUUUUAUGAAGAGAAAAAAAUUUUAUUAGGUUGGAUUUAGAUGGCCAUAUUAUCUCUAGGGAUUAUUAUACAAUUAAUUAUAAUUUUAUAAAGAUUAUUUAGAUAACUUAGAUCUAAAUGUUAAAGACCAAUAUAGACUCAAAAUUAAGUAAUUAAUUGA